AUGAGUCGCCCCCCAGGCCCCCACAGCGCCCGGGCCCCGGUGGGCUCCACGGCUCUCCCCGGGCGCAUUCCGGACCUGGUCGCCCAGAUCCCCUGGCUCCGCUGGGCGCUCAUAGCCGCUGCGGUCGUGGCUGGCGUCCUCGUUGUUUCCUGCCUGCUCUGUGCCAUCUGCUGCUGCUGCCGCGGCCGCCACAGGAAGGAGCCCAGAGACGAGGAGGCCGUGGGCCUGGGCAGUGCCCGCAGCACCAUCAACACGCACCUGGUGCAGCCAGAUGUGGAUAAGGAGGAGCCUGGCCCUGGGGGGCCCCAGCAGUGGGAGUGCCUGCAGCUGUCCGUGGAGUACGACUUUGGAAGCCAGGAGAUCAAGGUGGGCCUCAGGCAGGCAGUGGACCUGAGGCCCCGGGGCCCAGGCGGCAUGGCGGACCCCUACGCCCGCGUCAGCCUGUCCCCUGAGGCCGGGUGCAGGCACGAGACGAAGGUGCGCUGUGGUACCCUCUGCCCCACGUUCGAAGAGACCUGCUCCUUCCACGUCGCCCCCGUGGAGCUGCCCCGGACCGCCCUGCGGGUGCAGGUUCUAGACUACAAGCUCUUCUCCUAGCACGGGCUGCUGGGCGCGCUCAGCCUGCCGCUGGGCACCGUGGAUCCGCAGCCCGUCCUGGAGCUCUGGCACCCUCUGGGCCCGCCCAGCACUGCCGAGCCCGAGCAGUUGGGGGAGGUGUGCUUCUCGCUCCAGUACGUGCCCGGCUCGGGCCGGCUGACCGUGGUCGUGCUGGAGGCCCGAGGCCUGAGCCCGGUUCUGGCAGAGCCCUACGUGAAGGUCCAGCUUGUGCUGAGCCAGAGGAAGUGGAAGAAGAGAAAGACAUCUGCCAGGAAGGGCAUGGCCACCCCUUACUUCAACAAGACCGUCACCUUCCUUGUGCCUUUCAGCCAGAUCCAGAGCGUGGCUCUGGUGCUGGCCGUCUGGACCUGGGGCCCUCAGUUCCAGGCCAAGCCCGUAAGCAAGGUUCUGCUGGGCGCCCGGGCCUCUGGUCAACCCCCACAGCACUGGGCAGACAUGCUGGCCCAUGCCCGUCGGCAGCACCGCCUGCAGCCGGCCAGGGAGGUGGACCAGGCCCUGGCCUUGCAGCCCCACCUGCGCCUACCCUUGCCUGGCUCCUGA